AGUAAAGCGGACCCCAGGUACCAGACCUUGCCCGGGAAACUCUCUCGUGCCACGCCAAAUGGGUCACAUGACGGCUACAGGAAACCCGCAUCCCAGAAUGCUUUGCACAUAAACAGUGAAACAAAUGGAAUACAAAGUUUAUGUGAUACUGAGAACAAUCUGGACAUCACAUUUAAUGACCUCUCUGGCACGGACUCCGUCCCACACUCACCAUUAUCUCCUGAUGGCAAGAAAAGUCCAAAAGGCAUCAAAAAGUUUUGGGGAAAAUUACGGAGAACCCCAUCAGGACACUUUAAUGCAGAUGAGCUUGGACUUUCUGAAUUUAAAAGAGGAGGAAUGCGCGCAACUGCAGGACCAAGACUUGCUAGAUCCAAGGAUCCCCGAACCAAAAAUAGUGAUUAUAAUGCUCCUUUUGCUCAGUGGAAUAAUGAGCAGGUCUGCAACUGGCUGGAAGACUUUGGUCUGGGACAGUACGUCAUAUUUGCAAGACAAUGGGUGAACUCAGGUCAUACCUUGCUAACGGCUACACCUCAGCUUCUAGAAAAGGAAGUCGGCAUCAAGCAUCCUUUGCACAGAAAGAAGCUUCAGCUAGCUAUUAAUUCCAUCAACACAAAAAAGGACGACAAAUCAGGGCAACUAGACUAUGUGUGGGUGACACGGUGGCUCGAUGAUAUUGGCCUGCCGCAAUACAAGGAUCAAUUCCAUGAUGCUCGCGUGGAUGGAAGAAUGCUACAGUACCUAACUGUGAAUGAUCUCCUGUUCCUGAAAGUGACCAGCCAACUGCACCAUCUCAGUAUUAAAUGUGCCAUUCAUGUUUUACAUGCAAAUAAGUUCAACCCGAACUGCCUGCGCCGGAGGCCUGCUGACGAGAAUAAUAUCUCCCCUUCAGAAGUGGUCCAGUGGUCCAACCACAGAGUCAUGGAGUGGCUGCGAUCUGUAGAUCUGGCUGAAUACGCACCAAAUCUUCGGGGCAGCGGUGUUCACGGAGGACUCAUUAUACUAGAACCUCGCUUUAAUUCGGAUACCCUCGCCAUGCUCUUAAACAUUCCGCCGCAGAAGACUCUACUCAGGAGACAUCUAGCCACUAACUUCAGCUUGCUGAUUGGCCGAGAAGCUCAACAGGAAAAAAGAGAGAUUAUGGAUUCCACAACCUACUCACCUCUGUCCACGACUGCCAAAGUCCGGCCAAAGAAGCUUGGACUGUCCAACUUUGGCCACCUUCGCAAGAAGAAAUUUGACGACUCAACGGACUAUGUGUGCCCAGUGGAUGCCAGCCCCCUGAAAGGUGAAGUCAAGGCCCCCAACAACAGUCCCGUAAAAGAGGCUGACAAAAUGGAGCAGAACAUGCUGAGUCAGGAUGAGCUCCUAAACAACUACAGAUUUCUAACAAACUACGAUGUUUGGAGAUAA